AUGAUUAUUAUUUUGUAUCCUGUGCAAAAUUACACAUCUAACCACUGCAAGAUGCCCUUAACCUGUAGGUUUUAUCAGGAGAAAUAUCCUGAAGUGGAGGAUGUAGUGAUGGUGAACGUACGCUCCAUCGCUGAGAUGGGCGCGUACGUACAUCUCCUUGAGUACAACAAUAUCGAGGGCAUGAUUUUACUCUCAGAGUUGUCUCGGCGUCGUAUUAGAUCAAUCAACAAGCUCAUUCGCGUGGGUAAGACCGAGCCUGUUGUGGUCAUCAGAGUGGAUAAAGAAAAAGGAUAUAUAGAUUUGUCAAAACGUCGUGUAUCUGCGGAGGAUAUAGACAAAUGUACAGAGCGGUAUGCAAAGGCGAAAGCUGUUAACUCUAUCCUGAGACACGUAGCUGAGUUGUUGCAUUACGAAAACUCACAACAGUUAGAAGACCUGUAUACAAGAACAGCUUGGUUAUUUGAAGAGAAAUACAAGAAGAAAGCCUCGGCUUAUGACUUCUUUAAGCAAGCUGCUGUAGAUCCUUCAGUUCUAAAUGAAUGUGGUCUUGAUGAGAAAACUAAAGAAGUCCUAUUGGCAAAUAUUAAGAGGAAACUUACCUCUCAAGCAGUGAAAAUAAGGGCUGAUAUUGAGUGUGCAUGCUACGGAUAUGAAGGAAUCGAUGCAGUAAAAGCUGCCUUGAAAGCUGGGCUCUCAUUAUCAACUGCAGAAAUGCCUAUCAAAAUUAAUCUCAUUGCUCCACCUCUGUAUGUCAUGACAACCUCAACACCAGAGAAGACUGAUGGUCUCAAAGCUUUACAGGAUGCAAUUGAUAAAAUUAAUGACACAAUAACAGCAUCUGGUGGUGUAUUUAAUAUACAGAUGGCGCCGAAAGUGGUUACGGCGACCGACGAAGCCGAGCUGGCUAGACAGAUGGAGCGUGCGGAGGCUGAAAACGCUGAAAUCGCCGGUGACUCGGCGGAGGAAGAUGAGGACCAAGGAAUGGGCGACGCAGGCGCAGAUGAUGAGCCACAACAGAACGGAGCUUCAGAUGAUGAUGACGAAAACUGA